UGAAGAAAGUAAAACCAUGCUUUCCACAUUUCUUUGCAUCACCACAUCAACAACUCUCAAGUCAUUACUAUUCCAAAAAGAUACAGAAAGAACGAAAAUAAAAACUUUCCCAUUGGCGAUUUAAGUUGCUAGUUUAUAAUGGCUUCAAGGAAUUACGAAGAAGAAGAAGAUCGAAGCAUUCGUUUGCAGGUGUCGGAGCUACAUAAACUGGAGGAAGCCAGAGGCUCAAACGACACCGUAUUCGAUCUAAGAAGCAGCAUUGAGAAAGGAGACAGCGGCGAAACCGCAGACGCAGCCUCCGUCUCCUCCGCGACCGCGUUUCGCAGAAAAUCAACGACCCCCGCUCCGGAGAAGCAGCUAACGCUGUUCGCUCUCCAACUCGCGAUCCUCGAGAAAACCGCCACCGGAAUCGGAACCCUAGGGUUUAUCUGGGCCACGGUGGUCCUCCUCGGCGGCUUCGCGAUCACCCUCGACGGCUCCGAUUUCUGGUUCAUCACCAUCAUCCUCCUGAUCGAAGGCGCCAGAAUCUUCAGCCGAAGCCACGAGCUCGAGUGGCAGCACCAGGCCACGUGGACCAUCGCCGGCGUCGGAAUCAGCAGCUUCCGCGCUCUCCGAUCGACCUCAGCGUCGCUUCUCAGAUGCCUACGGAUCCGAUCGAGAGAAACGACGACGACGGUUACAAGAGACUGCGAAUCCGCCAGCAACUCAGAGGUGCCUCUCCUUCCGUACGCGAGAUGGUUCUUCAUCUCCAGCACGGUGAGCCGCCUCCUCUACUGGCUCCAGCUCCUCUCCGCGACGGCGUGCGUGGCUCUGUCGUCUUACAAGCUCGUCAGGCACAACUACGGAGACGUUCACAAGGGAGAUACGGAUAAGAGGAAUAGACAGUCGGCUCUCAACAUAUUCUACUCGCUUGCAUUGGCCGAGGCGUUGCUGUUUUUAGCUGAGAAAGCUUAUUGGGAGUGGCGAGUCAGUGUUUGUAAUUUGCUUGAGAAUGUGACUAGAGAGUGUGAGUUUGGGGCUACUGGAUUGGUGUCUAUCAAGAGGUUUUUCUAUGAUUCUUACUCCAAGUGUGUUAAUGGGAGUAUCUUCGAUGGGUUGAAGAUGGAUAUUGUGAGCUUUGGUAUGGAGCUAUUGGGUUCAAACUCUUCUGAUGAGCAGCUUAUUGGGGCUAGGAUUCUUAGACAGUUUGCAGUUAGUCAACGGUACUCGGAGGAGACGCUUGAGAAGAUUGGAAUCAACUUCCCUGUUGUUGAAAGGUUGGUGGAGAUGCUGAACUGGAAAGAUCUGCAAGAGGAAGAGAUUAGGAGAUCAGCUGCUGAGAUACUAUCGAAGCUAGCUGGCAAAAAGCAGAACUCUUUAAGAGUCGCUGGGAUCUCUGGUGCUAUGGAAUCGAUUUCUUCGUUAUUAGAGAGCACGAGAUCAUCAGGUGAAGCUCCUGAUGAGAUUGGGGAGAAGAAAUCGUUCCAUGAGCAUGAUCUACACUACGAUUUCUGUAGAUUUAACAAUUUGGGACUCUUGAUUCUGAAGAAGUUGGCUAAAGAUCAUGAUAACUGUGGAAAGCUAGGCAACACGAGGGGUCUUCUCCCGAAGAUUAUUGAUUUCACACACGUGGAUCAAGUUCUGUUGUGGGAGGAGAACGCAGAGGUUGCUAGGUCACAGGUUCUGACGCUGAAACGGUCUUUGCAGCUGGUGAAAAUGUUAGCCAGCACGACAGGGCACACAGGGAAGUGUCUCAGGAGGGAGAUUUCGGAGAUUGUUUUCACGGUUAGCAACGUGAGGGAUGUGCUGAGACACGGGGGAAGAUACCCGAAGCUGCAGAAGCUCGGGAUAGGGAUACUGACCAACCUUGCGCUUGACACGGAAGCUAGGGAGAGAAUUGGCGGAACGGGUGGUGUUUUGAAAGAGCUGUUCAACAUUUUCUUUAAAACUCACGGAGACGAUGGGAAUCAGGGAUGUGUGAGGAUCGCUGCAGGGGAGGCGAUAGCGAUGCUUGUGUUGGAGAGCAAAGGCAACUGCCUCCAUGCUCUUAGGCUUGGGGUGAUGGGGAGGCUUGUGGAAGCACUUGAAGUUCCUUUGAUCCGUGUGAACGCUGCAAGAGUGUUGAGAAACUUGUGCUUGUACUCUGGGGAUGAUUGCUUUCAUGACUUGAAGUUUGUUAAAGCAGCAGCCCCUACGGUGUUGAAGUCAAUCACAUCAGAAGACAACAAACUACAGGAAGUGAUGGUGGGGUUAGCAGCACAAGUGUUUAGAUUCAUGAGUCCAGAAGACUCCUGCUAUGUUUUCAUGGAUUCAGGGAUCAAGAGGCGGGAACUGGCCAACUCGUUGGUCUCGAUUCUGAGAAAACACGACAAACCGGCGAUUAAGGUGCCAAGAAUCAGGAGAUUUGCGAUCGAGCUAGCGGUUUGGAUGAUGGAAGAUGACAUGGAGAAUAAUGUAGCGGUGUUCAGAGAGUUGGGUCUGGAGAAAGAGCUUGAGAAGGUUCUAGAAACUACGGCUGAGCUUGAGAACUUCGAUGUUUUCUCCGGGACUGUUGGAGUUAGCCGUCAUAGCAGAACGGUCCAUUCGCUAGCUGAGCUUGCCUUGAAAAUUCUUGAGGAUAAUAACUGAACCAUAAAUCAAUCAUCCUGCAAAGAAAGAUCUCAGAGCUCUGCACUAGGGCUUUUAAUAUAACUCAAUUGUUUUGAAUGAAGAACAAAUAAAAUGUAAUUCUGCAAUACAUUAUUUAAUUUAUUGAUUUGAAGUUAUGCUAUUCUUUUCUU